AUGCGGGCCGCUGGUAACGCGCUGUUUCUCGACCUGGCUGUUGGCUACACGGGUCACCCUGCCCCACCCCACCCCGCCUGCCCCCCAGCCCCCUAUGAGAUGAGUGACACCCAAGACCCUGCCACUGCCCCUGCGGUUGCCACCCAGGUAAAGCUGGGGGGCUGGAGCCGUCAAGGCGUGGGCAGUGGGUCUCUCCGUUCCCCCCAGCACCAGGAGCUCCAGGCCUUCCUCAGCCUUCUGGAGCACAGUUUCCUCCAGGAAUUCCUCUCCAAAGAUCCCUGUUUCCAGAUUUCGGAUAAGUACCUCCUGGCUAUGGUGCUGGUCUACUUCCAGCGUGCCAACCUGAAGCUCUGCGAGUACACCCACAGCAACCUGUUCUUAGCUCUGUACCUUGCAAAUGACAUGGAGGAGGAUCUGGAGGACCCCAAAUGUGUGAUUUUUCCGUGGGCCCUGGGCAAAGAUUGGCGUCGUCGCAUGUCAGACUUCCUGCACCAGAGGGACAAGCUGUGGGCACGGAUGGGCUUCCGGGCCGUCGUGAGCCGCCAGUGCUGUGAGGAGGUCAUGGCCAAGGAGCCGUCCCACUGGGCCUGGACUCGGGAUCGGCGCCCCCACCACGGCAGGGCUCAGAGGAGCUGUCCAAAGGCCCAGGUUCCCCUCCCCCGAGGCCCCGGCCUCUCACCACCCCACUGUUCCCUCUGUGGCUUGCCCCCUCACCGCAGCCACUGCUGCCACUACCCCUGCCCCUUGCCUGUCUUAUCCAAGUGCCCUUCCCCAGACCCCGAGUGGCGUCGCGCUGCCUGCCAAGCCUGUGUCUCAGUGCCUGAAGACCCCUGGGGUGGGGGCUUCCUCAUCGUCCUGCCGCUCCGGCUGCAGCUGGAGCCAGGCACCUAUACCCUCCACCGUGAGUUGGGGACAGGAGCUGAGGGUGGCCUUGGGAGCCCAGGAGGCGGGUAUGGGGCCCAACAGAAUGAGAAGGAGGGGCACGGGGCCUGGGGUCCAGCAGGCCUGGGCACCAUCCCAGCUCUGCCACCUCCUGGCUGGGUGAGCUUGACAAGUUUCCUCUCUGAGCUGCUCUCUGUCCUUCUCCCCCUAGUUUUCCCAAAGCCUCGGCAGUGCCCUGGGCGCUGACACUCACUUGCAGGGUGAAGAGCAGCCUGCUGGCUUGCCCGCUGACCCAGCGCUCUACUGCCUGCGCCCCUGUGGCCUCCUGUCUAUGGACCUCAGGCUGGCAGUGCUGCCCAUGCCCCCUGCCCCCUGCUCCCAACUUGCAACUGUACCCACUCUGACCGGGGUCCCCUCUAAUAAACUCGUGUCCACAGGACACCAACUG